AUGAGGGCAGUCAAGACGCGCCGCGCAGGGGCGAUUCGCUCUGUGCGCGACGUCAACGGCAAUGGCGAUGUUGCCGGUAAACACAGUGAUAGGGACGCACUGGAUGACGCGAUGUUGCAGGUGGGCCUCAGUACUGUUGGCGUGCAGGACAAGUGCCCCGAGGACCCCCUCGCCGUCGUGUUCGCGCAGGACGCACCGCUGACGCUCACCGCCCGCGACGACCCGUGCGUCAUUGCCCACCUGCCCCUCCGCUUCAAAGACGUGCUGCCUGCAGUCUGUCACCAACUUCAGUUCCGGCAGCGGCAGGCCACGCAUCAGACUUGUGUGGAUGCGGACAGCUUUAGCACCAAGGACAACCCGCUCACGUCCCCCGCACCGCCCACGGUCGAUGCCGCUUCUCACCCACCGCCACCAUACCAGCACGCGCACGUGUCCGACAUGGUCGUGCGGCUGCUGCCCAUUGCGGUGGGUCAGGCGCGCAGCUGCAAGACAGCAUUGAUGCAUCCGGAAGAGGAUGAGGAAGACCCCACCGCAGCCACAGCAGCACACGGGCCAGAGAGCACCGACGAGCAGCAGCAGCAGCAGCAGUCUGCAGCGUCAACAGAGAAGCGGGCCGACCAUGAGGCAGAGGAUGCCGUGCAAGGCGCGCCAGUCCUGGCACCCGUGUCGGAGCACCAGCUGUACCGCACGCGGGCGACAGAGCAGCUUCUAGAGUAUUUUUUCUCCUCCCCUACGCCUGCCGACGGUGCGGACAGCGUUGACCGCGACGAAGCGCGGCGCAGCUUCACCGUGGCCGCGUGUCUGAGCGGCAUGCGCGAAGUUCCUUCCGGUACCGUUGAGUACGUUGAGCUGCUGCGUGAGAUGGUCUCUCUGGAGGACUCAUUGCGUGAUGCGAAGCCGGAUGAGACCGCAGUCGACGCGGUCGUACACUUGCCACCGUACGUGCGCGACUUGCUCGUGGGCGUGUCGCCGACGGAAAGUACACCUGCUGCUGCCUCCCUCGCUAGCAGCGGCGUCGCCAGUGGGGUGAAGAAUGUGGCAUUGCGCACCGCAAAUGGCUCGGUAGCUGCCGUCGAGCGAGUGCCAGUGGUGACGACGACGUUGCGCUCCACCUUGGAUGCGGUGCUGCCGCCGCGGCUCUUCCUCUACUACUCCGUCCACCAUGCGACAGCCGUGGCGGUGCACCAGAGGCGCCAGGCUGCUCAGCGUCGCCAAGCCCAUCUUCGUCGUCACCAGGAGGCGCACCCGAACGACGUGAAGGGACUGGAAGAAAUGGAGGCUCUUCGUGAGGCGCUCGCCGGCGAGUAUAUGGAGGCACCGGUCGGCGUUGUCUUAGUCAUUCUCGAGCGGACGAGUGACGUGCAGGCGCCGCGUGAUUACCUCUUGAAGCUAGAGCAGACACUGAACGAGGUGCUGGACACGGUGCGGGCGCGAUGCUGCGGUCGUCCACUGAAGCUCAUUCGCACGAGCACCGCCCAUCAGCCAGCCCCAAAACAGCAGCGGCACACCGCAUCGGCCCCGGCAGCAUCUGGUCUGUCUCCGGGCACACGGCUCAAACAGGAGAACGCCAGCAGCAGCAGUAGCAGCAUGAAGGCAGCCUCCGCGAAGGGUCAGAAAGCGCCAGCAACUACGAUCAUCCUCGCCACCCCAGACAAGCAGGUCUGCACGCGCACACUGAAGCCGCUGCCAGCGCAACCGGCCGCCAUGUCGGCUAGCGGCGGCGGCUCGGCUACCGUCUUUUCGACGCUAAAUGUGGUGGAGCUGAACAAGGAGCGGACGUUAGUGCAACUAAGCCUUCUCGGUGAGGAGCUCAUCCGGCAGGUGACCGUCGAUCUUCCAGAGCGCGGCGUCCUUCUCCGGCGCCUCCUCGACGAGGCACAGCUCUCCAUCGACGCCUGCGCCAUCCUCGCUCGCGAACGCUCCAAAGCCACGCAAGAGCAUCUGCUAGACGGCCAAGACGUGCGAGAAGCGACGGUAGUGCAGUGCAAAGUCCUCGAGAGCGAAGUGGCGGAGCUACGGUCGCGGCUGGCGUACGUGACGGCACACAAGGCAGCGCUGAGAAUGUGGGUAGAGGAGCAGAAGGCGCGGGAGCUGGCGGUGAGUCGCGAGCGAGUGAAUUUCGAAACAAGCUUGCAAGAGCGACUGACAGCGCACACGGAGCGGGUGAAGAUGGCGCAGGAUGCCGCACGUCGUAGCUCCCUGCCAGGGUGA